AUUUGAUUACUUUAGAGCUAAAGAACACUUGUUGCUGAUCAAAGUUUUAGCACUAUAUACAGUACAAGUCUACAUUUAGCAAUAAUAACAAAUCUAAUAAGCAUUUGGAAUAUGUUGGGAAUGAUGAUUUUGACGAGCGUCUGGUUUCAGGUCAUAAUUGGAGUACAAUAGAUAUGGCUUAUGCUAGUGUUGCUUCUCUUAUGAGAACGAUGGAGUCGGUCUUGGCAUCCAAUUCGCCAAUGCAAUCUCUAGUUUGUGAUCACAAAGAAGAAUUUCUCGCUCUUCGUGAAAAAGUUAGCUUCUUGGAAGUAUUACUCAAGAACUUUGAGAAAAACAACAAUUCUGGGAAAAUGAUAGAUUUGGAAGCACAGAUAAAAGAAGCUGCAAAUGCUGUUGAACACACAAUUCAAUUGCAACUAACGAAAUUUUUAAUGGCAAAGGAUGAAAUGCAGAAAGAAAAGGCGCAUAAGAGGCUUCUUGAUAGCCUAAAACAGGUAGCAGAGGAGAUUGAUCAUCUCCAGAAUGAGUCACCAAAGAUUCAAAAUGAAGGCAAAAAAGCAUCAAAGGAAGCUUUGGUUCAGGACUCAAGUUCAGAAAAGCAUAGUCCAAAUGUGGAGAACAAUAUGGUGGGACGUGAUGAUCAAAGGAAAAGGUUGCUUGUAGAACUGACACAACAUGGUGGCUCGUCUGGUAGACUCAAAGUCGUCCCGAUAGUGGGGAUGGGGGGCAUUGGUAAAACAACUUUAGCGAAAGAAGUUUACGAUGAUGCAUCCACUCGAUUUCACUUUGAUGUUUGCGCGUGGGCUACUAUAUCUCAACAACAUAAUGUAAAGGAAAUCUUGUUGAGCCUUCUGCGUCAUACAAAGGGCGACAAAUUUAACAUGGACGAUGAGACAGAGCUAGCUGACAUGCUACAAAAGAGUUUAAAGGGAAAGAGAUACUUAAUUGUAUUGGAUGACAUGUGGAAGAAUGAAGCAUGGGAUGACGUGAGACUAUGCUUUCCAAGUGAAAAUAAUGGGAGUCGAAUAUUGUUGACUACCCGUAACAUUGAAGUAGCUUGUUCUGCUGAUACAGAGAAUCUUUCUUUGAAGAUGGAUCCCAUGGAUCCAGUUGAGAGUUGGAAGCUUUUCAAAAGUAUCGCGUUUGCAAAUGAAGCAUUACCAUCUGAAUUUGAGACUAUUGGGAAACAAAUUGUAGACAAAUGUCAGGGGUUACCGUUAACCAUUGUCGUUGUUGCUGGGCUUUUGUCUAAAUCUGAAAGGACAAUAGAAGAUUGGGAAAAUGUUGCUGAAGAUGUCAAGUCAUUUGUCACAAAUGAUCCUGAUAAACAAUGUUUACAUGUGCUUGGGUUGAGUUACAAUCACUUGACCAGUGACCUAAAAGCAUGUCUUCUGUAUUUUGGAGUUUUUCCAGAAGACAGCGAGAUUUCAGUGAAGAGAUUGAUGAGAUUAUGGAUUGCUGCGGGGUUUUUGAAGUUAGUAGAAGACUUGGAAGGUGAGGCUGAGAAGUGUUUGCAAGAUCUUAUCGAUAGAUGUUUAGUUCUCGUCAGUAAGAAAAAUUGGGAUGAAACGAAAAUUAGAACGUGUAAGGUCCAUGAUCUAAUAUACGAGCUGUGCUUGAGAGAAGCUCAAAGCCAAAACACUUUUGUCAUGAAUGACAUUGUAUAUGAUGGUCCGGAAGCACAAAAAGCACAUAGCGAUGAUAUUGUGUUUGAUGAUCAAUGUCAUCAUCUUACUAGGCAUAAAAUGCAGACCUUUAAGCGAUGGACUGAUGGGGAUGAUAUCGGCUAUGGUUCUUAUAGGGCCCUUCUUACCCCUGGACAUCAUUGUUUAAUAAGGCAAACAAAUGAUGACGAUGACAACCAUCCCCUGAAGCGAACUCAUUCUAUUCUCACUUUCUGUGGUUAUACUUACACCUUUACUCUCAAAUCGGAGCUUGUCCAUUUCAACUUACUCAGAGUCUUGGACUUAACUCCAAUAUCGUUUGAUAGGUCAUUCCCUCCGCAGAUACUAUCCCUCAUUUGGUUGAGGUACCUAGUCUUGCGCGGGAGUUUUAUCAUGCCUCCAGAAAUUUGCAGGUUAUGGAAUCUACAAAUAUUCAAGACUGUUGGUUCGUAUCAGUCAACAUCUAUGGUUUUUCCAGAGCAAAUUUGGGAACUAAUGCAAUUAAGGCAUCUCAAACUACAUAAAUUUUAUUUGUCUAAUCGUCUAAGUGAAUCCGUUGAUGAAGAGAGGUACUUGAAUUAUUCAAAUAUACAAACUAUUUCUGGCUUGUCUCCAAGUUGUUGCACAAAGGAGGUUAUUUCAGGUAUUCGAAAUGUUAAAAAAUUACGAAUAUGUGGUCAUUCAUGUGACUAUAAAAGAUUUCAAGAAUGUAGACUUGUUGACAAUCUUGUCCAUCUACAUCAACUCGAAACGUUGAGUUUUAAACUAUAUGAUCGGUGGUCUUUAGACAAUGAGAUUUCACCACUGACCAUUCCAAGUGCAAAAGCUUUUCCACCAACGCUGAAGAAGUUAGAGUUGCGUCAAAUUGAACUAAGGUGGGAGGAUUUGGACAUCAUAGGUGAAUUGCCUAAACUUGAGGUGCUGAAGCUGAGACUGAAUGCUUGUAAAGGCGGCGAAUGGUAUCCAAUUGUAGGGAGAUUUACUAGUUUGAAGCUUUUGCUAAUUGGCCAGAAUGAUCUCAAAUACUGGAAAGCUACAAAUGACAAUUUUCCUGUCCUUGAGCGACUCGUGAUUAUACAUUGCAGAGUUUUGGAAGAGAUACCGAUUGAGUUUGCAGAAAUCGCCUCACUAAAACUAAUUCAGUUGCGUGGAUGUAACCCCAAACUCGAGGCUUCUGCUGUUCGAAUUCAACAAGAACAAGAUAACCUCGGAAACAAGCCAGUACAUGUUCACAUCCUACAAUCAUAUUCAGGUUCUGUGGAUUCAAAUGGAACCCUAGAUGUGAGAAGAUGUGAUUGUGGACUGAUUGCUUUACAUUUGACUGCUUGGACUGACGCCAAUGCUGGAAGGAGGUUCUACAAAUGUCCAAGACCAAAAGUUAGUUCAUGUGACUUUUGGGAAUGGCACGACGAAGAGCUCCCCCGGAGAGCAGUGAUUGUGAUCAAAGAUUUAAAAACUUCUUUGGGUGUUAUUAUGGAUGAAAGGGACAAAUUGAAGAAGAAAGCUGAUGAAAUGGAGCUUGUUAAUCAUGUGGAAGUCGAAAAAAUUAGUAAUUUAGAGGAGAAAAUCAAGAAGUUGAGAAUUAUCAUUUUGAUUUCAUGGGCAUUAUUCGUUGGAUUUCUUGUCGUUGGGUUGAUGAAAUGAAAUCUUAUUGUAGUUGUAA